GUGAAAAAGUGGUGCAUCAAACCCGUCGGUUCCUUCAAACCCUAUCGUCUGAGUCAGAGAAAGAGGGGCGGAGGGUAUCUCGAUCCUUAGGUCGGCCGGCUGAUCGAUCGAUUGAUCGGAUCCUCAAUACAAAGAAGAAGAUGGUGUGUAUACGGCAGGCGACGGUGGAGGAUCUGCUAGCGAUGCAGGCUUGCAACCUGCUGUGCCUGCCGGAGAACUACCAGAUGAAGUACUACCUGUACCACAUCCUUUCCUGGCCGCAGCUGCUCUUUGUGGCGGAGGACUACGGCGGCCAGAUCGUCGGAUACGUUCUCGCCAAAAUGGAGGAGGACACCUCCGAGCCCUGCCAUGGCCACAUCACCUCCCUUGCUGUUCUCCGCACCCACCGCAAGCUCGGCCUCGCCACCAAGCUCAUGACCGCCGCCCAGAACGCUAUGGAGUCCGUCUUCGGCGCCGAGUACGUCUCCCUCCACGUCCGACGUAGCAACCGCGCCGCGUUUACCCUCUACACCUCCACUCUAGGCUACCGCAUCCACGACGUCGAGGCCAAGUACUACGCCGACGGAGAGGACGCCUAUGACAUGCGCAAGCAGCUCAAGGGCCGUCCCCAUGGCCACAGCCACGGCCACAGCCACGGCCACGGGCAAGCUCAUCACCACCACCACCAUCAUCAUCAUGGAGGCGGCUGUUGCUCUGGGGAGGUGAAGCCCCCAGCCGCUGCGGGUGCAUAUGCUUCCGCAUCUUCUGCUUCUGCUUCAGCAUCGGCUUCCGCUUCUGGAGAGUGAAAAGCUUGUGGCCGAGGUAAUCUUGGAAGUUUCCUUCAUGCUAAAGGAAAUAAUUAUGCUUGUUUUUUUACUUGAAUUAUAAUUUUCGGAUGAUGUUAGUGUUUGAACUCUAUUAUGUGUCAGAGUCUUCAGAUGAUUAUGUUUGUGUGGAGUACUUCAACUUAUCUUUGGUUGUUGGAUA